AUGCGUAAAUACCAACAGCUGGCGUUGGUGCUGCUAUCGAUAACAUGUGUUGUGAUACUACUGGUGUAUAAAAGUGAAAAUAACCGGCUGAAGUAUGUACUGGAGGUGGUCAACAUAUUUGGUCGCAACGAUGCCGCCAGCUUGAUCCGCAUUGACAACAGCAGCCGGUUGCAUAGUUCUCCGUACGAUUUCGAUAGUCCCCUUCCGGCCUGGCAGCGGCUCAGUGAAGGGUUCUACGUGUAUUCAUCAUUCUGGCAAAAAAACGAACUCUCCGCAGGCGGUACGGCUAUCAGCAUUGCUGUGGGACUCGAGCACGUUAUAGUGAACUACAAAUGCCAAAUACAGCACGGCUCGGGCGACGUCGCCACUGGGAAGCUACACUUCACUCGCUUGGAGCAUCCGACCGGUUCGGUGAAGGCUCCCAACGGAGAAGUCUUUGUGGUCUACAAACUUCUAUGCAAAGUGACCAGAGAUUUCGGCCAACCGACAGAGGUCAUAUUCACGGAUACGGCACAGUCUGUCAAACGAUAUGCUCCACUACGGGUGCUAGAGAGCCGAUCGGUGCAACAAAAAAUGACAAUGACGGCCUGCGUUGAUAUGAGCGAUUAUUUGGAAUUAGAGGAGGAAUUUCGAAUGCCCUCAGCUGUUUUGCAGUAUUUCCUGCACCAUCAAAUAGUGGGUGUGGAAGAUUUCAUCGUGUACAAUAGCAACGCUCUUAAUGGAGCAACCACGUCGUUGCUGUACAGUCAUGGCAUUAAGAUCAAUCUGUUACCGUACAACUUUCCCUUUAAUAUGGCGGAUAAAAAACAAAACCGUCUGCUCAUCGAGAUGGAUUGUCUGAUGCGCAACUACAACGCGGCCAAACUUACGUUCAUCGGUACCAUCAAUGAGUAUCUGUAUCCCAGUUCGCGACUUCGCGUGAACAACAAAUUCCUCAAGUAUGCGUGGAAAGUAUCCAGCGACGUGUCCCGUUUCACCAUUGCUAGCCGGUCGGUGUGUAUCGACAAGCGAAAGAAAAUUUUCUCCGACAAUUUGCUAUACGAUGUGGAUGCUCAGUUGGCCUCCCCAACCACGCAUCCGUUCCACGUGUAUAAACCACAGGACUAUAAUCGCACAGCAGGGACCCCAGAUUUUGUAAAGACUUUGGAUGUAGAUCGAAGCAUGAUUUUCGUGCAUCGGUACGGUGGCAAAUGUAGCAGCAAAACGAACCUGCAUGACUGGAGCAUCAGUCUCCAGCCAGAUUUUAUGCAAUACGUUACUGAUGUUGGUAGAGAGCUAAAUAAACUUAUCUUUCGAUAA